AUGUCAUCAACUUUUGCUGCAUCAAUGGUGCUCCUAAUCCUAUUGUAUGGAAAUUGUUGGUGCAAUGCAACGGAAAAUGCUGAACUCUGCUAUCGGCGGUGCGGGAUUCAUAACAUAACAUCCCCUUUCCGGUUGCAAGACAGUCCUGACACAUGUGGUGACAAGAGGUACAACCUAUCCUGCGAGAACAACCAAUUGGUGCUUUAUUUGGAGUUCGGAAAAUACAACGUGAAGUCAAUUAAUUCGAACAACUACACAAUACGAGUAGCGGAUGUUAAUGUUGGAGCGCAUGAUUACUCCUCCCUCCCUCGUUAUGGUUUAACGCUCAACAAUUUCAGCGAUGAUGAUGAGCCAUAUCAAGCGUAUCAGUAUUGGAUAGGGUACGUAGGGACGUUAAAUUCGUUUUCGGCGUUCAUGAAGAGGAGUUUGGUAAAGCUUAUGUUAUAUUUGAGGUGUCCAAAUAGGGUGGAUUCGUGUGAUCUAUACGUUGGUGAGAACGUGAGUUGCAUGAACGGUAAUUCGUAUGCGCGUGGAAGUACUUUCUAUGCGAAUGUUGAAGGGAAAUCUCUUUGGGAUUUGGGACUGAAAGACUCGUGUCGUGUGGAGUUUACGUAUCUCACAUCGUGGCCUAAAAAAGAUACUCCUGGCAAUGUUUCGUGCAUUGAAAUCCAUGAGAUGCUGUUUCAUGGCUUUGAACUUUCUUGGCUGAAUAGUCUUAGUCACGAGGAUUCGUUUGUGGGGUUCAAUCGCAGGGGGCAACUUCGUUAUGAUCUCCGAACAGAAGAAAGGAAUCCUCGGGUUUGGAAAAUUGUAGAUAUCUUGGAUGAACUGUCAAUCUUUACAGAAAUAGUUGUAUUGAUCAGUGGUGCCAGAUUUGCAAUUGCAGCUCCAUGCGUUAGUGUUAUACUUAUCUAUAAAUGGAGACGAAGGCAUUUAUCUAUGUAUGAUACCAUUGAAUAUUAUCUACAAAGUGACAAUAACAUCAUGCCUAUACGGUAUUCUUACAAAGACAUAAAGUGGAUAACGGGACAAUUCAGUACAAAACUAGGGAGUGGAGGCUAUGGUUCUGUCUUCAAAGGACAACUUCGAAGUGGCCGUUUUGUAGCUGUCAAGAUUUUGGAUAAAACCAAAGAAACCAACGGUCAAGAUUUCAUCAAUGAAGUUGUUACUAUUGGUAGGAUUCACCAUAUAAAUGUGGUGCAACUCAUCGGUUUUUGUGUGGAGGGAUCUAAGCGUGCUCUUAUAUACGAGUUUAUGUCAAAUGGAUCUCUUGAUAAAUUCAUUUUCUCUCGUGAGGAAAGUUCUUCCUUAAGUUGCGAAAAGUUAUAUGCCAUUUCUCUUGGAGUAGCUCGUGGUAUUGAAUACUUACAUAAUGGGUGCAACAUGAAAAUUUUGCACUUUGACAUAAAGCCUCACAACAUCCUUCUUGAUGAAAAUUUCAAUCCAAAAGUUUCUGAUUUUGGACUUGCAAGACUUUGUCCUAUAGAUAAUAGCAUUGUGUCUUUGACUGUGGCAAGAGGAACCAUAGGAUACAUGGCACCUGAACUCUUCUACAGAAAUGUUGGCACAAUCUCUUACAAAGCUGAUGUUUAUAGCUUUGGCAUGUUAUUAAUGGAGAUGGCUAGUAGGAGGAAGAACUUGAAUGCAAUGGCUGAAGAAUCUAGCCAAAUUUAUUUCCCUUUUUGGGUUUAUGAUCGAUUGCAAGAUGAAAGGGAAAUUACAAUUGAAAAUGACACGGAAGAGGAGAUAAAAUUAGCAAAGAAAAUGAUGAUUGUGGCUUUGUGGUGCAUACAGACAAAGCCAAGUGAUCGUCCUUCAAUGGACAAAGUGUUAGAAAUGCUUGAAAAAGACGAAGAAUUACAAAUGCCUAAUAAACCCUAUCUAUAUCCACAAGAUCUACCAGCAGAAGACAUUAGAGGUCUUGGCAGUUCGGGUCCAUCUUCUGAUAUGUCAAUACGUGAUUCGAAAUAG